UAGACCUCAGGAAAGUAUUAAACGUGAUGAAAUUACGAGGAAGAAGAGCGUAAGACUGUUAUGAAUUUAUGGUGUUAAAAAAUCUGAGGUAAAAUUAAAAAUCUGAGGAAUUUUAUGUCUUGGCAUGAGCGGGUACAGCAUUACAUUUGUCUGUUUUCUUUUAUGUAUUCAUUUCCAACCAAAUUCUACAUUUAAUUAUCAACUCUCGAAGAAAUCAUCACCCUGAAAGUUUCCUCCAUGGUUAUGGUACCCAAGUUUAUCAUACUUCUCUAUAUUUUUCUCUCUUUAGGACUCAAUCCAUCACGAGCACAAACCUGGAUUCAAGCUGGUUACUGGUAUUCCGGCACUGACUUCCCCAUUGCCGAUAUAAAUUCAGCUCUUUUCACUCACCUUAUUUGCGCUUUUGCUAACAUCAAUGCCUCAUCCUAUCAGCUCUCCGUUUCUUCUUCCGAUGACCAAUACUUCUCUACUUUCACAAACACAGUCAAACAAAAAAACCCAUCAGUCACCACGCUUUUAUCCAUUGGAGGAGGAAGUGCAAACCAUUCAGUCAUAGUUUCAAUGGUAAACAAUUCGUCCCAUAGGAAAUCCUUCAUUGAUUCCUCAAUAAAAACAGCUAGGCUUUACGGCUUCCAAGGCCUAGACUUUAGCUGGGCUUCAGCCAACACAAGCUCCGAUAUGAGCAAUAUGGCUGCUCUCUUCCAAGAAUGGCGUGCUGCAAUAGAUUCAGAAACGGGUCAGUCUAAGUUGAUAUUAACGGCUGCAGUUCCAACCUCUAAAUAUUCAGAGUCGUCUACUUAUCCAAUAGACUCAUUGAGGACGAACUUGAACUGGUUACACGUUAGUGCCUUCAAUAUAUACAUGCCAACACGGGACAACUUUACGAGAGCUCAUGCAGCACUAUAUGACCCAACCAGUAAUUUCAGUGCAGAUUUCGGUAUAGAAUCAUGGAUUACUGGAGGACUACCAGCGAAUAAGUUGGUUUUGGGUCUGCCUUUUUAUGGCUACGCGUGGACACUAGUCAACCCCAGGGAUAACACGAUUGGCGCACCAGCAUCAGGGCCGGCUAUAUCAAAAACUGGGGAGAUGGCAUACAAGGAUAUAAGGAAUUAUAUUCAAAGUUAUGGAGCCAAUUCAGUGUAUAAUGAUACUUUUGUAGUGAAUUACUGCACCGUAGGAACCACCUGGAUUGGUUUCGAUGAUGUUGAGGUUGUCAAAGUCAAAGUUUCCUUUGCCAAGGAAAGGAAGCUGCUGGGCUACUUUGUGUGGCAAGUUCCCAAUGACGCCAACUGGUUGCUUUCGCAAACUGCAGUUGAUGUCAAUGGUGAGAAUGGUACAGAGAAAAAAGGGCGGUUGUCGUUGAUUAUUAUAUUGGUUCCAGUCACUGGGGUCUUGAUUUUGAUCGGGGCAUUGACGUACUACAUUCGAAGGACAAAGAAUAAGAAGAAAGAUGCCGAGUACAAAGCUAAAAAUUCCAAGUCCAAAGCAAAUCUUAUGACAGAAGCUGGAGAUUUCAACAGCAAUGCUCCUAAUCUGAUGGUUUAUAGAUUCUCUGAUAUUGAGGUGGCCACUAAUAGGUUUUCAUUUGAAAAUAAGCUUGGGGAAGGUGGAUAUGGUCCUGUUUACAAGGGUGUCUUAUCAGAUGGACGGGAAAUAGCAGUAAAGAAACUUUCGAAAACAUCUACACAAGGAUUUGAAGAGUUUAAGAAUGAGGUCAUGCUAACAGCAAAACUGCAGCAUGUAAACCUUGUUAGAGUUUUGGGAUUCUGCAUUGAGAGAGAAGAACAUAUGCUGGUCUAUGAGUUUAUGCCAAAUAAGAGUUUGGAUUACUACCUUUAUGAUCCAAUAAAACGGUACAUGUUGGAUUGGGAAAAACGUGCUGAAAUUAUUGAAGGAGUUACUCAAGGGCUUCUAUAUCUUCAAGAAUACUCGAGAUUGAAAAUUAUUCAUAGAGAUUUAAAAGCUAGCAACAUUUUACUAGAUGAAGAAAUGAAGCCCAAGAUAUCAGAUUUCGGAAUGGCUAGAAUUUUCUCUAAAGAUGAAGUUGAAGCCAACACACACCGCAUUGUCGGCACAUAUGGUUAUGUUCCUCCUGAAUAUGUUAAAAAGGGUUUAUACUCCAUCAAAUCAGAUGUAUAUAGUUUCGGGGUCCUACUUCUUCAGAUCAUAAGUGGACGAAAGACCGCAUGUUUAUAUGGAUUACAUGAAAAUUUGAGUCUUCUUGAAUUCGCAUAUGGACUAUGGAUACAAGAGAAAGGCAUGGAAUUCAUGGAUCCCACACUGGAUGACACAAAUUCAUCAUGCACGUUAUUGAGAUGCAUGCAAAUAGCUUUGUUAUGUGUGCAGGAAAAUGCCAAUGACAGGCCUACCAUGCUGGAAGUGUCGUCGAUGCUUAGAAAUGAAACCACACCGAUGGCCAACCCGAAAAGACCUGCUUUCUCAGAAAGAACCAAUGAAAAUGAUGAACUAAAGAGAUUGAAUUUGAAACCUGAAAUAUGUUCAAUCGAUGAUGCGCCCAUAUCAGAAGUGGUUGGUCGAUGACUUUGUUGGCUAAGAAAAUUUGUUCUCAUCAAAUACUAUUUCAACUUUACUCUAAUAAUUAUAAAUGAAGGGUGCAAUUAAUCAAAAGUUAUAUUUUUGGUUAUUGAACUUUUCAUAAUAAUUUAAAUCCCUU